AUGCAGUUGCUGUUUCGCAGAUGGCUAGUGUCUGGUAUCGAAGCGAUACCGCGGGCAGCCCCAGACAGGAUUCUCGGGCUCACAGAGCAGUUUGCUAGCGACAGUUGCAGGAAUAAGGUGAAUCUUACGGUGGGAGUGUAUAAGGACUCGUGGGGUCAGGUGACGACGUUGCCGUCGGUGGCCAUGGCGCAGAGGCAGAUCGACGAGGACGUGGAGCUGAACACCGACCUGUCGUACCUGCCGAUCACCGGGUGUCCCGAGUACAGCGAGAAGGUGCUCGGGUUUCUGUUUGGAGAGUCGAGUCCCGGGUCCGGGCCGCAGCUGGUGCGGCAGCAGCGGGUGAGCUUUGCGCAGACGCUGAGCGGGACCGGGGCGCUGGCGGUGGCGUCGAAGCUGCUGGCGUUGUUCCUGGCGCAGACGGUGUGGGUCCCGCAGCCGUCGUGGCCCAACCACUGGAACGUGUUCAGGAGCAACGGGUUCGCGGACAUCAGGGCGUACCCGUACUACCGCGACGGCCGGCUGGUGGUGGACGAGUGGCUGGAUCUGCUCCGCUCUCAGGUCCGGAGCGACCGCGCGAAGCGGCACGCUAUCGUUCUGCAUGCGUGCUGCCACAACCCGACCGGGGCGGAUCCGACGAGGGAGGAGUGGCGCAGAAUCCUGGAUACGAUCCACGAGCUGCAGAUGAUCCCCGUGAUAGACAUGGCGUACCAGGGCCUCGAGUCGGGGAACCCGCCCAAGGACGCGUACGUGCUGCGCAUGUGCCUGGACGAGUCCCGGUACGACUGCUGGCCGAAUGGAUUGUUUCUUUGCCAGUCGUUUGCCAAGAACAUGGGCCUCUACGGCGAAAGAGUGGGAUCGCUGAGCGUGGUGGUGCCGCCAAACGACUCGGGCACGAGGGAAAAGGUAGACUCGCAGCUGAAGCAGAUUGUCAGAAGCGCCUACUCGUCGCCCCCCGGCUACGGCUCUCGCGUGGCAACGCUUGUGCUUUCUAAGCCUUUUCUGCGCAUGCAAUGGUACAAGGAUGUCGCGUUCAUGGUCAGUAGACUAAACCAGGUGAGGAGCGACAUGCAUGAGUUGCUCGGAUGGCCCGCGCUCACGGAUUUCGAGCAUCAACAUGGCAUGUUCUACUACACGGGACUGAGCUCGAAACAGGUCGAUUUGCUGAGGACUAAAUAUUCAGUAUACAUGACUGCCGACGGCAGAUUGUCCUUGAGUGGGGUCAACGAUCAAAAUAUCGAGUACGUUUGUAAAGCAUUGAAAGCGGUCUCCAAGACGGCUCGCUAA